CAGAGAUUAGCUGUGCUGCCCCUUAGCUCCCAGCUGGUACUCUGAAGCUUCUCACUCCCACCGCCUGGCAUCCUCUCGACAACACACAAGUCUCCUUGUUUCUGGACUAUAAUGCAAAAAUGAAUUUGAUACAGAUUAGUUUAACUCUGCUGUCCCUUGCAUCCCAUGCUCUCCUGUGUCUGGGUAUUCAAGAACUCCAUGUGAGCCCUGAGAUAGCAGGCAAGAUCUCUGUUGCAGCACAAAGAAUGCAGUGCUCAGCAUUGGUGGAUGUGCUUUUCCUACUUGAUGGCUCCAAUAGUAUUGGAAAAGGAAGCUUUGAAAGGGCCAAACAUUUUGCAAUGAAGCUGUGCGAUGCUCUGGAUAUUGGUGCCGACAGGGUAAAAGUGGGCGUCAUACAAUACAGCACAACCCCCCAGCUGGAAUUCCGUCUUGAUUCAGCUGCUAAUAAAGAGGCUGUUAAAGGGAAGAUCAAGGAAAUUACUUUUAGGGGAGGGAGCACAGAAACAGGUCGGGCUCUGAAAUAUGUUUUACGCAAAGGAUUCCCUGGGGGAAGGAACUCUGAGGUACCAAAGAUCCUUAUCAUUUUGUCUGAUGGAAAAUCCCAAGGAAAUCUUCUUGUUCCAGCUACUCAGUUGAAGGAAAAAGCCAUUGAGAUCUUUGUAGUUGGAGUGAGAUUUCCCAGAUGGGAGGAACUCCAUGCUUUGGCUAGUGCACCGCUGGAAGAGCACGUCCUGUUUGCAGAGCACGUGGCUGAUGCAGUGAAUGGCCUGACCAGUUCUUUAACUAACUCGUCUCUCUGCAAUGCUGCACCAUCAGGCUGCCAUAUUCAGUCUUACCCUUGUGAACGAAAGACCUUGGAAACUGUGAAAGAACUGACUGGGAAUUAUGUUUGUUGGAGAGGCUCCUCAGGUCUGAGUAGUGUGUUUUCUGGGAACUGUCCAUUCUACAGCUGGAAACGUUUCUUCAACAAACAUCAGAGCCGUUGCCACAGAACAGUUUGCCCAGAUCCCUGUGACUCUCAGCCAUGCAAGAAUGGGGGCACAUGUAUCCCAGAGGGAGUAGACAAGUAUUACUGUAUCUGCCCUGUUGGAUUUGGCGGGGAUGGUAGUUGUGCUCCAAAGUUAAGUCUUGAAUGCAGCGUUGACCUUCUCUUCUUGGUGGACAGUUCAGCGGACUCUUCCCUAGAAAGCUUCAUGCGCCACAAAUCCUUCUUAAAAAGGUUCAUACAAGCAGCACUUUCUGAAGACUCUCAAGUCAAUGUUGGAGUCGCACAGUACAGUAAUGAAGUACAAAUGGUAGUCAAAAUAAGAGAAUAUCAGGAUAUUCCAGAGCUACUGAAAUUCAUAGACGGCAUGCGUUUUAUGGGAGGGGGUAUCUUUACUGGGAAAGCCAUUCGGUACAUCACCCAACAUGGAUUUAAAAACACCCCUGCCUUUGCGGAUAUACGUGACGAUCUUCCACGUGUUGUGGUUAUUCUCACAGAUUCUCCAUCUCAAGAUUCUGUAAUAGAACCAGCAAAAUAUGCCAGGGAUCAUGAGGUCUUCUUCAUUGGAGUAGCUGGUGAAUCUACACAGGACGAAAUAGCUGAGAUAGUGGGAAACACCCAACAAAUUAUAACCUAUUCCAACCCCCAGCAGCUGUUCAACCAGCUGCCAGAGCUUCAGAAGAAAAUCUGCAGUGUAGAUGUUCAAGGCUGCCAGGCACAACCUCUGGAUCUUGUCUUUGUGGUGGAUGCAUCUGCUGGUGUUGGAAAAGAAAACUUUAACCUACUAAGAAAUUUUAUCACAACUCUUUCUCUUCAGUUUGACAUCAACCGUGAUGUGACCCAAGUGGCUCUUGUUACAUAUGGCACCCAGCCAAAAGUUAUCUUUGCACUGGACACGCACGAUACAAGUUCAGGUUUGCUCCACGGGAUCAGUCGGGCUGCUUAUAUCGGCGGUCCUGCUUCCACUGGUAGUGCAUUACUACAUGUCUACAAUGAGGUGAUGACCAUCCAAAAGGGAGCUCGGCCUGGUGUAAACAAGGCUGUAGUUGUCAUUACUAAUGGAAGAGGAGCAGAAGAUGCAUCUGUCCCUGCUAGGAAGCUGCGAGACAAUGGCAUAUCGGUUUUUGCAGUUGGCCUAGGCGAUAUCCAGAAGAAUAUCUUGCUACGGAUUGCUGGAUCUAACAAGUUCUUAACCCACAUUCCUUCUUAUGAUGUAUUUAGUCAAUAUGAAGAUGCCCUUGUCCAAAGUGUAUGUGAAGUGGCAAAGUCCCCAGUGAACCUUUGUAAACCCAACCCCUGCAUGAACGACGGAGUAUGCGUCCUACGCAAUGGCAGCUACCGCUGUGAAUGUCAUGGCUGGGAAGGACCGCACUGUGAAAACAGAAUAUUACGAGGUGAUACACACUUGCCUCUGGGACUGGCAAGUAAAAUACGUCGGCAAAGACAUUCCUCUACCUCACAUCGCCGGUACAAGGCAGCAUCAAACCGAAAACAACACAAAGCUUAUCAGUGACAAUUGUCUUAAAAUGUUGGUGUGAUCCAUUGAUGGAUACUUAGAACCCUAAAGACCACCAUGAUAGCAUCAGCCAAGAAGAGUGUUUUGUUCAGACUCACAUUCUGUAAGCAAGAGGCCUAGUCAUUUCCUUAGCUGUUAAGAUCCGAUGAUGCUGUGGAUUAAUGUAUUGCAAUGUAUGUAGAACUUCCUGAGAUGUAUUUGCGAAUCUGUGUACCCACAUGUUUGGGGAGUUCUUAACCAAAGGUCAUUUAUUUACUUUAUUUAUACGCACAUUGUUGUUGUUCUUGUUUGUAUUUAGUUACAACUGAACUUUUAUUUUGUACUUUAGUAAGUUGAAAGCUCAUUGUACUAUAUGCUGCUUAUUAGUAUUUUACUACCUACACUAUGAAUUUUAUAGUUUUUAACUUCCUAAUCUAAUAUUCAUAAUUGUUAUGUUUAGCCAAAUAAAGCCCCAGCAUGUGCUCAGAAACAUAUUUAAAAAAAAACAACAAGCAAACAUUUUUAAAUCACUUUUACAUUGUUAAAACAAACAAAAAGCUAAAUGUUAAAAUAUUUUUGUACAAAAUAGCAAAUAUUUUAAAAUUUUUCUUUUUAAAUAUUUUGUUGAAUGAAUAUGAUAUACCUCAUAUUAUUUUAAAUAGACAGUACAUUUUAUGUUGUGGUUAUUUGACCCGAGCACAAUUGAUGAAAUAUAAUAAUUUUAUAUUUAUAGUUUAUUUUUUAGACUGUGUUUAUAAAGACCCAUGAAAAGCAGUAUAAUGUUUACCAUACAACUGUUCUCCCUCAUAGUUAUUAUGUAAAGGAUUGUAAAUCACCUACCAUAUUGUAUAAACAAUGUUUCCAACUAUUAGAAA